AUGGGUAUUAAAUUUCUUGAGUUUGUUAAACCAUUUUGUCAGUUGAUACCGGAAAUUCAGAAACCUGAACGUAAAAUUCAAUUUCGUGAAAAAGUAUUAUGGACAGCUAUUACAUUAUUUAUAUUUUUGGUUUGUUGUCAAAUUCCUUUGUUUGGUAUCAUGUCAUCCGAUUCGGCUGAUCCAUUCUAUUGGAUUCGAGUUAUUCUUGCAUCAAAUCGUGGUACAUUGAUGGAAUUAGGUAUUUCACCUAUUGUUACAUCGGGACUCAUUAUGCAGUUAUUAGCUGGAGCAAAAAUAAUUGAAGUUGGUGAUACACCAAAAGAUCGUGCUUUAUUCAACGGUGCACAAAAAUUAUUUGGUAUGGUGAUCACAAUUGGACAAGCUAUUGUUUAUGUAAUGACGGGAAUGUAUGGUGUUCCAUCUGAAAUUGGAGCUGGUGUAUGUUUAUUAAUUAUUAUUCAAUUAUUUGUUGCCGGUCUGAUUGUUUUGUUACUUGAUGAAUUAUUGCAAAAAGGCUAUGGACUUGGUAGUGGAAUAUCAUUGUUUAUUGCAACAAAUAUUUGUGAAACGAUUGUAUGGAAAGCAUUUUCGCCAGCAACAAUCAAUACUGGAAGAGGAACAGAGUUUGAAGGAGGCAUCAUAGCACUAUUCCAUCUAUUAGCUACAAGAGCUGAUAAAGUUCGAGCAUUACGCGAAGCAUUCUACAGACAAAACUUACCAAAUUUAAUGAACUUAUUAGCCACCGUACUUGUAUUCGCCAUUGUCAUCUACUUUCAAGGUUUCCGUGUUGACCUUCCGAUCAAGUCUGCUCGUUAUCGUGGUCAAUCCAGUUCCUAUCCAAUUAAAUUAUUUUAUACAUCGAAUAUUCCAAUUAUUCUACAAAGUGCUCUAGUAUCAAAUCUUUAUGUCAUCUCGCAAAUGUUAUCAACAAAAUUUUCUGGUAAUUUUAUCAUUAAUCUGUUAGGUGUUUGGGCUGAUUCGGGUCCAGCUCGAUCUUAUCCAAUUGGUGGGUUAUGUUAUUAUUUAUCGCCACCGGAAAGUUUUCAAUCAAUGGUAGCCGAUCCAAUACAUGCCAUAUUAUACAUUGUAUUCAUGUUAGGAUCAUGCGCGUUUUUCUCAAAAACAUGGAUUGAAAUUAGUGGUUCAUCAGCAAAAGAUGUUGCAAAACAAUUGAAAGAACAACAAAUGGUUAUGCAUGGUCAUCGUGAACAUUCCAUGAUAAAGGAAUUAAAUCGUUAUAUCCCAACAGCAGCUGCAUUUGGUGGACUAUGUAUUGGAGCGUUAUCUGUUCUAGCCGAUUUACUUGGAGCAAUUGGAUCGGGUACGGGUAUAUUAUUAGCCGUCACAAUUAUCUAUCAAUAUUUUGAAAUAUUUGUUAAAGAACAAAAUGAAAUGGGCGGCAUGGGUACACUAUUAUUUUAG